AUGAGGCCUUCGCAGGUCGUUCAGUUCUUCGAACUUGUCGCGCGACUCAAGGCGCUGCAACGAACAGGAUGGGUGCGCUCGGGUGUGUGUGUGCCCGAGACAGUCGCUAGUCACUCGUACGGUGUGGCGAUGCUCGCGCUUUUGCUUGGUGACGGGGAUGCUCAGGUACUGAAACUUGCCUUGGUGCAUGAUCUGGCGGAAUCCCUCGUUGGAGACAUAACGCCAAAGUGUGGGAUUUCGCCACGGGAAAAGGCAGUCCUCGAGGAUGAGGCUUUUCGGAAAAUCCGGGACGACGUCCUCUCUGGCUCUGAAGCGGGUUGCGAACUGUACGCACUCUUUCGCGAGUACGAGGAAGCAAAUACCCCAGCGGCCGUUUUUGUUCACCAGUUAGACAAACUUGAUAUGGUCUUGCAGGCUCUUACUUACGAAAACACGCAAGAAAACAUGGAAUUGACCGAAUUUUUUGAGGCUUGCAAUGGAAUUCAGCAUGAGAAGCUUCGGGAGAUCUGCAGCUUCUUGUUGCAGCAGCGGCAACGACAUUGA